AUGGAGAAAUAUCGAUACGAAACAUUUUACGUGUUUGAAGAGUUUGUCAGCGAAUUCUUUAGCCUCUCAAAGGUGGCUUCACUGGCAUUGAAGGCUCUUCUGAAAGACUCUUCGAAGUAUUGUUCCCACAAUACCAGAUUGUACCACUACGAAGACAAAGUUUUGGCAAUCACAGAAUUCAGAGUUAAAUUCGAAGAUGAUGCAAGAGAACUUGAGGUGAUAUCUUCAAAAGAUGAAAAGUUUAAUGAUGUGAUAAAACCAGGCAAAGAGGAACGUAUCGUGGAAUGCAAAAUUGUAAAACCUAGGAACUUGACUCGCUUCAAUGAAGAGAAGAGUUUUCAUGACAAUGAUCCUUUUGCAUGUAUGGUGACGAAUAUUGGGAAAAAAAUCUAUGCAUUCGAAGAUACUAAUCUUAGUUUGACAGAUACAUUAAGUAUCGUCUCAAAACCCAUGUUGAAGGGGUUGGGUAAGGAUGAAGAAGGCUUUAUCACAUUAAAAUCUAGCUUUAAUACCAUUCAUUGGUUUAUUCAAGAUUUAAACCAUCCCACCCUCUAUCCCGGGAUGAAUAUUUCAGAAGCUCUCCUGAUUCAAGUUCUAUGCCAAAUGAUCGAUCCUAAGAAUCUGGCACCAAUGGCUAUUGCUUCUGUGACGAUACAAUUAUUGGAGCUUACAACCUAUAUUGAAGGUUUUUACGAAGGUAUGGACUCCCUCCCUGAGGCCACCAAAACACUUGUUGUCAGAACUUUGCUGAAGAACAAAUGCAAUGUACGUCUUGAACAUAAACGCAUCUUUAGAGAGACCAAGUUAGAUAUCCCAGAAGCUUUGUACAACUGCAAACUUCCUGAGGUUGAGCCUACGUCAUUUUCUCAAAGUAUGACGCGUACGUACGCAUUCAAAGUGCUCGUGGAAGUUGAAGACUUGGAAGCAUCCACUUCUAGGGUCUUUGACAUUGUUCUGGAUGUGAACAUUGCGAGGACGGAUCACGAAGAAUUGAGAAGUUUGGUCCAGCAAAAACACUCAGAUACUUCAGUGAAGAGUCUGGGUUGGGCUAAUCGAAUCUAUUUGGAUGUCCAUGACCGCUCUCUGCUCGAUCUAUCAAGUAUUGCUGAUGCUGUUUAUGAUGUACUGGAUAGCUGUGGAGCAGUCGUUGAAAAGCAACAAACUAGCCUUGUUGAAGGAGAUGAAAACUUACUUUCAAUAACUUCUCUCCUGCUUUCGAGCGCUGACGAGUGUAACCUCCACCCUAGCAAGGGCUUCUACGACGUUAUCAGAAGGACUCAUUCCACAAAAUCAGAGCUGAUUAGGUUGUAUUACAGGUGGUUUAUUGUCAAGGAUGAUUCUGAUCCAGGUUUCAAUUAUGUGUGGGUGAUGCCGGUAAUAUGGAUUGGAUAUAAGUUAACUCCAUCAUUUAUACCAUUAACUCUCUGGCAUAUUCUGAACCAAAUUCAGAACGGGGAUGAGAUUAUGGAGGACUGGGCUAAAGUGUUCGUCUGUGGUACUUCAUUUAGGUCUUUCAAACCAUUGAAAGUACAGGCGCUUGUUUUACCUUACUUACAUCCAUCGCUUCCCAAAGCAGGGGCCAUCGUAACUCAAGGAAUGAAGGUGUCGGAUUUCUUGAUGAUAAAGCUCACAUUACCUUUCUUCAGAGAUCCAAAAAGCGUUUCGGACGUCUUAGUAAAGAGAAGCUAUUUGAAGUUCGAGAAUUAUAGGGACACCGGCGAAGUUGUUGAACACGAAGCCCCAGCUAAUAACAAUACAGAAUACAGAACCAUAAAAUGGGCGGAUUUUAAACUCUCCGAGACUGGAGAUGAGUGGUUCCUGGAUCUUCCAGCAGAUGUUUACGACUACAAAAUUCCCAAAAUAGAUCCCACAUUCUAUGGCAAUUACCGAAGCAGAGAUGUCACCUUAAGUAUCGGUCUUGAUGUUAAGAUUGAAUCUAGCUACUACCCCAUGAGUUUUGAAAUCCCUAUUCAAGUUUGCGGUGAAGGUAUCAAUCUCAACAGCUGCAAUAUUACUCCUCCAUCAUAUGCCGCUCGAGUAAAGCUGGAAUGGUUAGAUUAUGGCCGCUGCGAACAAAUGCUGGGGGACGAGCCAUAUAUGACUAUUAAAGACUGCGGUCCAUUUUGGGAAAGUGUUUCCAAAGGCAAAAACCCAACAGAAAGCUGUAUCAAUUGA